CCGUCGGUCUCUAUUCGUAACGCAGAACGUGGGAGCGCGCUCUGAAGAUUUCGAUUGUAUUAUAAUCAUGGCAUUGAACAAUAAUAUUGGGAACCACGUUAUUACAAACGGAGAAGCGUUGCACGACGUACACGAUAAUGAGGAACUUGACGAUGAUUCGCUUGAAACAUUUCUCUUCAGUUCAGAAUCCGUCGGCGAGGGACACACCGAUAAAAUGUGCGACCAGAUAAGCGAUGCCAUACUUGAUGCCCACCUGAGACAAGACCCAAAUGCCAAGGUAGCAUGUGAAACGGCGACUAAAACUGGAAUGAUUAUGGUGUUUGGUGAAAUCACAUCUGAUGCAGUCGUUGACUACCAGCGCAUUGUGAGGGAAACCGUAAAGAAAAUAGGCUAUGACUGCAGCACCAAAGGCUUUGACUACAGAACAUGCAAUGUGUUGGUAGCUAUUGAGCAACAAAGUCCUGAAAUAGCAGCUGGUGUUCAUCAGCAGAGAAAGGAGGAAGACAUUGGUGCCGGAGAUCAGGGUCUCAUGUUUGGCUAUGCCACAGAUGAGACAGAAGAAUGCAUGCCACUGACUGUGGUGCUUGCACACAAGUUGAACAAGCGGCUGGCCGAACUUCGCCGAGAUGGCACCUUUUCUUGGGCAGGACCCGACUCCAAAACACAAGUGACUUGCGAGUACUAUUUCAACCAUGGCAGGGCGGUGCCCAUAAGAGUCCACACAGUCGUGGUGUCGACGCAGCAUUCCGAAGACAUUUCACUAGAUGAGCUUCGUAAGCAAGUAAUGGAGCAUGUCAUUGCGGAUGUGAUCCCCUCAAGAUAUCUGGACAGUCGCACUGUUUAUCAUAUCAACCCCUGUGGGAAAUUUGUGCAGGCUGGUCCAAUGGGAGAUGCUGGUCUAACUGGUCGUAAAAUCAUUGUGGACACCUACGGAGGCUGGGGUGCCCACGGUGGAGGUGCUUUCUCUGGAAAAGAUCCUACAAAAGUGGACAGAUCAGCUGCCUACGCUGCUCGAUGGGUGGCUAAAUCACUUGUCAAAGGUGGCAUUUGCAAGCGAUGCUUGGUGCAGGUUUCUUAUGCCAUAGGUAUUGCUGAACCACUUUCGAUCACUGUGCUACCGUAUGGUACCUCCAAGUACUCCCAAAAGGAACUGUUGAACAUUGUGAACAAGAAUUUUGACUUGCGACCUGGUAUUAUUAUUAGGGACCUCCAGUUGAAGAACCCCAUCUAUCAGAGCACCAGUGCAUAUGGACAUUUUGGUCGCAAAGAAUUCCCGUGGGAGAUUCCCAAGAAACUGGUUCUUUAACACACGCUGUGUGCAGCAAUAUUUUGUGCAUAGUAUUCAGGUGGGCACUGUUUUGUGCCAUGUCUAGGUUUUGCAUUCAUUCACCUUGCUAAACGAAAGGACGUAAUCAUGUAUAAUGAAUUUCUCUGCCACGUAUUUCUUUGCCUGUGUGUCGUGAAUAGCCACGAGAUAAGUGUAUGUUGUGUGUGCGACUACACAAAACCAUCGUCGUCUUAGUGUUCUAGGAAGUAUGGGGGUUGAGAUUUCUACUAUUUGCUCGAAUCUGUCGUGGUGCAGAACCCAAUUAAUGAAGCAUGUUGUUAUAUUGUUUGUGCUGUCUUAAUUCUUUUAUAAGGUUUCUGUAUACCCUACGAAGAUCUAUAAUAGUGGUCAACCUCUUGGAGUGUAUUUUGUCAAUGUUUGUUUUUAGCUUAUUUUUUAUUGUCUCCUUUUUAUGGGUAAAUAUUGGCUUAUGUUAUUUUUUGUACAGUCAUGAGCUGUGUUUUUCAGUGGUGACUGAUAAAUGAAUUGUAGUACUGUUAAUUACCAGGGGUUCUGAAUGCUUUAAGCAAUUGUUUGUAUGGGCAUUCAUGAUAUUACUGAAAAGAAAUCUGUAUAUACCAGUAUUUCUUUCAAAAACAAAUGCCACAUUCUAAACUCCUGUUUGUCACUCAUUGCUCUUCAUUUGACAGAUCUUUUGCUGUCAGGAAGUGAUUUGAAUUGUUAAUAAAGGUCCUUUUGACCAGCUAUGUCCUAUGACAGUCUUUGUAAAUGUUUGUCAAUAAGGAAUAUAGGUAAGUAUAAUUGCUAGCAAAUUGAUAACCGUAGACUAUGUGCAGUGCUGCACACCAGGCAUAUGGUAACACAUUGUACACAUUUUGGUUUGGUCAAGCACAAAUGCUGUACUUUCUUGCAUAUAAUGCACACUUGCAAGUAUGAUUCGUGGAUAAUCUCCUGAAAAUGAUCCCCAUGUAGCCAGCUUUCUUGCAUUGUUGUAACACACUACCAUGAGGCCAACUUUGCUGGCUGGAAAUUUUUUUGUACUUUAGUUACAAUUUUUUAAAUUUUUAUAUGGGUCAUUACUUUAAUCUGGUUUUCACUUAUAAAUGUUUUUAUUUGAAUGCCCCACACCAGCAUAUUUUCAUAGUAGGAUCCUCUCAAUAUACCAAAGAAACGCGUAUAUAAGUGCAACCUGUUGCUGUGAUAGUACAGCUGCAGAGCAAUGGUGCAACAGCUGCUAUAAACUGUUUUAGAACAAAAGUACUGUUGUAAAACCAUGUUUCAGCACACUGCAUGUUCCUCCCUGCUGGCUUCAGUUGUGAAUGGUAAUUGCUUCCUUAGGAAAACCCUAGGUGCCACACAGUGGAUUACCAUAUUGUUUGUACAGCUAAGCCAUGCAAUGCGACUAGGUAAAAUACUGCAAUAAUUAUGCAUGAUUAUGCAGACAGGGCAUCCUAUCCUCUGGAAGUCUGUUUAUGGCAUGCUGGCGUGUGGGGCAUUCGCAUGCGACUGCAUCGUUUUUGCUAUCCUCUUUGUCAAGAACAUUGUGCAGUGUUUUGUCCUCGAAUCUGGCAUGCAUCUUUAGAGUUCUGCUGUAGUAGUGCUAGCUAAUCAAGUCAUUUAACAUCUGAACAAAGUGCAGGGAUAAGUUGGAACAGGUAUAUACAUGAUGUGUGCCAAUGUAUGUUGCAAGUUGGUUCAAUUGCGUAUGAAUUCUUGGCAUGUAGGCUUGCAAUAGCCUUUAGCAUACAAAGUGAAAUCCUAAAUGGGCGAGGCUCUUCAGUAUACAGUGUAUUUAUAAAAUGUAAUGGGGCUUUUUUUAUUGGCCCCCCUCUCCUUCAUGAAAUUCACCCUGUGCAACCAAUGAGCACUCUGCAUUCAUAGCCCAGCCACAAGCCUUUUGUUUUACUUCAAUUCUUUUUAUAGUUGUGAGGUGCCUUGCUAUUGAUGUGUGCUCUAUCAUACCUACUGGGUGUCCCUGUAACUUUCCCUGCAACAGCAUUUUUUAAAAAGCUAAAGAGAUGUUCCUUGUACAACCAGGUGAAUUUUUGAUGCAUUUAUUACAUAUUUUGUAUAAAUAAUUGCCUGAUUUGCUGAUUGCAUGCAUAUUUUUUAAGCUCAAAUGGCAUGUUGCAUUCGAAAGUAUUGCAUACAAUUGUUUCCAGCUCUCUACACAAAUGUAUGCUUGCACACUUCGCACAUGUGUCGGUGCUUUUUCAAAGAAGUAUCGCUCUCUUAGUGCCCCGUUUUUGUCAGAGCGAGUGUGCAGCUGAUGUGAUGAAGAAACAGUUGUUUGAUGCUGCGAGACCAUUGAUGUGUGGCCACUGUUUUUUUUUUAAUCUUUUUUGUCGGCCUGAGGCUCUGAAGUCAAGAGGAAAGAAAGAGACUGUGAAUUUUGCUGCAUCAUGUUCACCUAAUUACAGUUCUGUGUUUACAGUGCAUAUUCAAUCAGGCCACUAUCCUGCUGCUUGUCUACAGUGGCAACGAACUUCUCGAUUGCCUGCUUGUUGCUCUGUUGUGGUUGCUAAGUAAGCCAUUGUAUACAGUUCUCUUGAAACUCCUUGGAGAAUGCUACUAUCAUGCUUGGGCUAGGUGCCCUUCAAGUAUUCCACUGCAAAGUUGAAUUGGGGUAGAAUAGGAGAGAUGCUGCAAGCUAGAAAAAAUGUUAUGCAUCAUUUUACAUACAUGCUUUGGAAAUUCUGCUAGUAAAUUUGAUAAUGAGUUUUCACUGGUGUAGGGAAUAAUACCAACAUAAUUAUGCAUUAGGUUUAUGCAAGGUGUUUGCUACACUGUUGGUAGGUUGAAACAGAAUGUCUUUUAGGUUCUUCUUUCUUCUUUAUUUAUUUUAAGUAGCUAAGAUGCACAGUAUAACUGUUAAAACACAUCGAAUAGAAACUUCUAAAUUUUAGAGAAUGCACGGAAAGCAUCUGUGCCAGUUUGAUUUUUUAUUUGGCAGCAUAAACAUGCUAAAGUGUUGAAAAGAUGCUAUAUUCUACCACUUUACACUGAUUGAUUUGUGGGGUUUAAUGUCCUUUGGCAAAACCACCAUAUGAUUAUGAGAGACGCACCACUUUACACUGAUUGUUAGCUCUGUUGUAUUGUACUUUGUGCUCUGUUCACAUUGAAUAGAAACUUCUAAAUUUUAGAGAAUGCAGGGAAAGCAGCUGUGCCAGUUUGAUUUUUUAUUUGGCAGCAUAAACAUGCUAAAGUGUUGAAACGAUGCUAUAUUGUACCACUUCACACUGAUCGUUAGCUCUGUUGUAUUGUACUUUGUGCUCUGUUCAUUUUUUUUCUCCAUUGUUUCAUUGCACCGCAACCCAGAAUAAAAAGUGCUCACCAAAACCCUAGAAAAAA